CUCAAAGAGGGGAAAAAAAUAAGGAAGAGGAAGGGAGUCCCAAAGAAAAAGCUGAGGCUUACCUGCUUUUGACGGUUCCUCUCCCGAGGGAUGCCCAUCAUCAUGCCCGUGUUGUGGUGUACUUUGUGACAGCGAACCUAAAGAUGAUGAACGACAUCAUAGAGGAGCCGGAGAAGGACACGCUCCUGGAGGCGCAGCCGGAGAAACAAGUUCUGUCGGGGCCCAGCAGUGGCACAAGACCUAAGACUGCAGAUGGAGGCAUCAGGCCUGUGGAGAAGAGAGGACCUUACAUCAUGUCCAGAGCUCCAGCCAUCCACCUCAAACUACAGAAACACAGAGAGAUGGCGAGGAAAGCGUUGAAGAAGAAAGCCCUCUCACCAGGGCCUCCAGUGAUACAUCAGCCCAGACAAGGAGCCAAGAGGACAGUGAAGUAUAAUAAGGGCUACACUGCUCUGAGUCAGCAUGCUGAGGAAACUUUGGUGACACUGGACUCAGACAGUGAUGAGGAGAUUGAUUUUGAGCAGUAUUCCUCAGGAUACUCUUCAGCAGAGGUCCAUCCUGAUUUAAGCAGACAGCUGCUUCAGGACGGCUACCGUCUGGAUGAGAUCCCUGACGAUGAGGACCUAGACCUGAUUCCGCCCAAAGCCAUGGGCUCCUCUGUGUGCUGUUGCUGCUUCGAUGGUCUGUCUUGUUUCAUGCAGUGAUGCUACUGGCGUUUCUCAAACCUUGCAAGUUCUUGGAUCCAUAUCCAGUUACUGACUGAAGUCACUGGUGCCUGAGGCCAUAUAUUUGACCCAGCUUCACCGCUCACUGCUCUAAAGGCCAAAGUCCCGAUCACGCCGGACUGCAUAUGCCCGAGAAACUCAACACACGAGAAUGUGGCGGGCGAGCGGGCGGAUGUAAGAACAAGCCUUAUCCACUGUGACCCCCAAAACUUGACCUUUCUACUUUUCUUUAUGAAACCACAGGAAAUAGAGUUACUAUGCCACUGCGUCAAAUUGAGUGGGAGAGUUCAUGAUUUGGGAUAGGUUUUUGGUUCCUGCGGUGGAAAACUAGUGCACAACAUGCAUACAAGUAUUGCAUAUUGGGAUUUCAUAUUCCAGUCCUUUCAUGGAUUUUUUUUUUUUAACUUGUUUACUUCCAGUUUUUGAAUGUACCUCAUUCAUCUUUUACAUUGACUGACUACUACUACAUUACCUGGCUGUCUUGUGUUAUGUGUUUGUUUGUUUAUUUGUUUUUUCAAUGUUUCAUUCCAAAAUAAGAUGCACAUGUAUGGCUUUAAUACUAUUAUUACUGAUAUAACUUAACUGAGCAAAAGUAACAAAGAAACACUCAAUUUAAAAAGUGUUGGGUGUGAAACUUUUUUUUUUAUGACUAAUGUAUAAUUAUUAUUUUUACAGCAACUGUUGCUGUCUUCAUAAUCUUUCAAAUGAAAAUCAAAGGUCAUGGUUCUCUACUAUGUUCUGCUUUGUGUUUGAGAUAUACAAAGGUAACCCAUCACUGCUACUUACUGUACUGAGAGGGACUCACUCAUCCACUGCCUGCAGAGAAGUUGUCUUUCAGUGUUACAUAUUCACAGUCAAAUCUACACUUACUAUACGUUACACAACAGUAUACGGCACAGAUGUGUAAGCCAAUGAGUUACUGAAGUGCUGAUAUUUGGUUAUGCUUCACAGUCUAUAAAUGGUGUAAUUCCAGAGAAUUGAAAAAUGUUAAAGCUGC